CAAUGCGGUCACAGCGUGCAAGAAAUAUGUCGUAUUAAAAAAUGUUAUUGUUGUAGUAUGUUGGAACUUUUUUUUAUUCUUUUACGUGAAUAAACUAGCUUUUUAUGAAGAACUUCUUUAAAGUGGAAAGGUUUACAAAAAGGGUGUAUUAUUUAAUUUAUUUGAAAUGCCUCCGAUGAGGGAAACAAGACAUUUGUGGGUUGGUAAUUUACCAGAUUCAACAACCGAAAGGGACGUGGUUGACUAUUUUCAAAGAUAUGGUCGUAUUGAUUCUGUGAAGAUCCUUUCCAAGCGCUCGGCCGAUGGUGGACAAGCAGCAUUUGUAGAUUUUGUUGACAUUAGAUGUGCCAUCAAGGCGCACGAAGCGCCAAAUCGCUUAGGGGAUAGAGAAUUGCGCACUGAUUACAACGACCCGGCAAGUUCCUCGUUGACGAGGUCACACGAGGAUAACAGGCGGUAUGAACGUGGCGGUAGAGGUGCUGGUGAUGAUGGCUACAAUGGCCGACAGAGUGAGGGAUAUUCGGGAUCAUAUGGAUAUAAAGACGGUCCACCAAGAAGGGAUUAUGAAAGAGGGGAAACUGGUGAUGAUACCGAAUCAUUCCGAAGGAGUAGUGCCCGCAAUCCACCUAAACGUAGGCACAGCGCUAGUGGUCAGAGUGGUACCGCUGGCUCGGAUAGUGGAAGUGAUUCCAGUGGUAGUGGUGAGAGUGAUAGCGACAGCGACAGUGGUUCUUCUGCAUCCGAAACGUUACGUGCUGUUAAGAAACCAAACGCUCUACAAAUACGAAAUUUGUCUUCCAGACCAAAUGAUACUAAUAUUCGUGCUGGUUUAUAUCAUGAGUUCAAAAAACAUGGCGACGUCGGUCAGAUUAAAGUGUUGGGAAGAGAAAAUAAUCGUUAUGCUAUCCUGUAUUUUAGAAGAUCGGAAGAUUUACAGAAAGCGAUGGAAUCAUGCCAAGGAAAGAUGUUUCUUGGUCUAGAAAUGGACAUUUCUCUAUAUGAAGGUGAUGAACAAGACGAGCCGCCAUUUCAGCGCUACAGACGUCGUGACGGUCACAGCUUCAACUCUGUUGAUGACGUCUACCAGUUCAACGCGACUAGAACUAUAUUUGUUGGAAAUAUCGAACGAAACACGACCUCAGGCGAACUUAAUAGAAUGUUUGAACGCUAUGGUGAAAUUGUGGACAUUGACAUCAAAAAGCAAGGUACGAAUAGUGCUUAUGCAUUUAUUCAGUAUCUUGAUAUCACUCACGCUGUUGAAGCAAAGAAGGAAAUGAAUCGAACUCUUUUUGGACGCAAUCGUUUGAAGAUCGGCUUUGGUAAGGGUAUGCCGACAAACACAGUUUGGAUGGGCGGCCUGCCUCCGAGCAUCUCCGAAGAUAUGUUGGAUCAUCACUUUUCGCGUUAUGGUCGGAUUAAAGGCUUGGGUUUGGAUCGAAAGCGUGGCUAUGGUAUGGUAUCGUUUGAGCACGUUGCUUCUUCAACCGCUGCUCAUAAUGAUGUGAAAGAUAGACCAUUGUUUGGCAAACGUGUUCGGGUUGACUAUGCAAGUCGUGAAAGCCAAAUAUUUUUUUACGAUUAUCUGGCAAAUACUGGUCAAAGUGAUGGUAGACGAUAUGAACCAUCACCACCUCCACCAAUGCGCUCACGUGGUAAAAUGUACGACGAACCAAUGCGCCCUAGACAUGGGAUGCGUGGUCCAGGACCGAAGUAUCACCCAUAUGAUCACGGAUACGAUCGUGGACCACCGUUUAUGGAUCGUGGGCCACGAUCGUAUGACGACUAUUACCGAGGUGGCAGUGGUGGUGGAUAUGAUAGUGAUGAUUUUGGUCAAGAACUUCGUGAAUAUUCUCGAGAACGUGCACGUGAUCGAGAACCGGAUCGUCGUGGAGAACCAUUACGUCAUCGUCAUCAUCGUGUACACCCUGUAGAUAUGGAUGGUGAUGGUGAUAGGUUUUAUGGACGUCAGGAUCAUCCUGAUCUUUGGUCUGGUGAUAUUGGCAGAGACCGACGGUCACCUGAACUUGAUCAUCGUGAUGAUGGCCAUGGAAGACGAGAGAAACGUCGUGAUGUUGAUAAACGUCUACCUGAGAGGAGAUCUGAGGAUACACGACCACCUGUUAGGAUAAGAUAUGAUAGCGAGGAUGAUAUUGAUAGCGUUGAGCCUCUUCCCCCACCCGUAGAAAGGAAAGAACGUAAUCGUGAUAAAUCCAUGCGUAAAAAACCAAUUGAUGCUCGUGAUGAGCCGGAGAACGCGGACUACUAUUCAUCCAGUUAUGACAAGACAUACGAUCAGGGAGGAAAAUCAACAAAAUCUAUAAAACGUAAAGUAAAAACAAAAGAGACUACAUCGCCAAUUGUUGAAGUUAUACCUCCGGAAGAAUUGCCUUUACCGCUUGACGAAGAUAACAAGGAGGAACGUAGUGCAGAAAAGUCUAACAAGAAACUUAAGAAAGAUGGUAAAAAGAAACGAAAACAUAAAAAAUCACCUGACAGUACUGUGCCCGUCGAUGAAGUGAAAAAGGUGAAGCCCGGUGGCGAAAUGGAGACUGGAACUGAUAAUGAUGAAAAUAUGUACGACGAAAGACAUGAAACACGUGUGAGCCCCGAGCCAACAAUUAAAUCAAGAAAGUCUGAUACGAUUAUGAAAUCCGUGGUUAUUGAACGUCCAAGAUCACCAACACCUGAGGAACAUCUUACUACUCGCAAGCGUACUCAUUCUCAAGAGCGUGAUGGCGAAGUUACACGCAAAGAGGAUAUGCGCCGUGUAGAAAACACACGUGAUAGUCAUGUGCGUGAAGGUAAGCAAUCUCGGCAUAUUGAUAAUCGUAAUGACGAAACUAAAACAAAGAAACGACGAUCGUCAUCUGACUCACAUCCACCACCACCCCCUCCUCCACCUUAUGUUCAAAAUGGCUCCAACGAUACGUCAUUUCCAACAUCUAAUGCUCCACGGAAUGCUUUUGUACCUACGUCUUCUUUCGUUGAUGCUUCGGUGCCUUCUCGGGCUACGUUCGCUAAACACUCUCCUGAGGAUAAUUCUAUUGCUAGCACCGGUUCAAAUAUCAAACCUACAUCAGGCAAUACGACACCCACAAAUUCUCCAGGAAAUGCGCAAACCAAUAAUAGUGUGGUACCAAACAGUGAUGAUACUUUGAUGGAACUGUUACGUCGUCAUCCGGUAAUGUGGCAAGGACUUUUGGGAUUAAAGAACGAUUCUGCUGCCAUUCAAAUGCAUUACGUGUCAGGCAAUUCGAAAUUGGCAGAGUUUUCUUUGCCCAAAGCUAGCGGUGCGACUGGACCAAAUGGAGUCACGCUUCCACCAAUUUUAAGGAUUGCUCAACGAAUGAGAAUGGAGGUGUCACAGCUUGAAGGUGUGACAAAAAGAAUGCAGUUUGAUAAUGAGCAUUGUCUCCUGUUGGCUUUACCUUGCGGUAGAGAUCCACUUGACGUUCAUGCGCAGACGAGGGCUUUAAAAACUGGCUUUAUUUCUUAUCUGCAGCAAAAACAAGCGGCUGGAAUUAUCAACAUUUCCCAACCUGGUAGCCAGCAGGCAAGUUUUGUUCUGCAUGUCUUCCCUCCUUGCGAUUUUACUCAUUCGCAUCUUUCAAGGGUUGCUCCGAACCUUCUCGACAGCGCUACGGAUUCCGGACACUUGAUGGUCGUUGUAGCUACAGUGUAGUUUUAGGACGUGAAUAAUGUGCAUCUGAAUGCUAUCGUGUUUCGUUGAUCUUUUGAAUUUCGCUGUAAACGUUGUGAAUAAAAGAUAAUCUUUUACGCUAGUAA